GAAAUUCGUCUGCUAGCGUAGAAAUAUUGUGACAUCUGGCAUCUGAUCGUGGAAUACAUUUCUACAUCCACACCCUUCCAAGAAUCAGUGUCACUUUGGAAAGAAAUAUGUACUAAAAUGUUGGAAAGAGUCAUGGUAGUAUUUUUUAAUAUAUGCAGAAUUAUGACAACAAUGUUUCUUUCAUUAUAUUAGCAUACGUUUCUCCUAUAGUAUGGCGUGUAAAUUUCCACGUAAAUGUGGAAUAAUUUCCACAUUUGAAACGAUGCUGUUGGUGGCAACACUCCUAUUCUACGUUGUUGUGUAGAUAACCCGGCAACCCUGACUGUGACAGCACUACUCAACACACCAGCUGAGAGCUGGCUGGCGGAGAAAGACGACGGACAGCAGGGUAAAACGAUCCAAGCUGAAAACGUUACAAGUGAUGAUGAAUUGUAUCUUGACAUUAAGCAAAGGAACUCGUUUUAGCCAUCAACAUUUGGUGGCUAUGAGAGAUGGAUUUCUAAAAAGUGCAUACUCUAGGAUGACGCUACUCGGAAGCAGCAGCUCUGUUCCUUUAUUGAUAUCAAGAGGUUUUGCAGAUAAAGAUAGGGAAACAAAAUGUGCUCGGAAUGUCAACAUAAUUGAGGCAUCACUCAUGCCUCAGUUUGGCUGCCUCAGCCACCUCACUCACACCCAAGACACCAUGAUGGCAAGAUGCAGAACAGUGAAUAAGGUAAACAUCUUAUUUUGUAGUUUAUACCAAAUGUCAUAGUGCCAAGUUGAUUGUACGUAUUUGUAUCAUAUAACUUGUGUAAUAUUCUAAAAGUGUUUUAUACCAGUGAAUAAUGUUAUUAUUUUAGAAGUUGAGUGAGAACUUUGUUCACAGUUCUUAGGGUCAAGCUUUCAUCAAUAAACUUGUCAGAGGGAAAUACUGCUUUUCUUCCAUCCUAUGAUGAUGGCUGUAAUCAGUAAAAACAGACCACCUUUUGAGUCAUUAGAGAACCUGGACGCAGCUACAAUAACCAUUUGGUUGCAAUGUGAGCAAUAUUAUUUAUUUAUGUAUCUAUUUACUUACUUAUUUUUUACCUGGAACAAAUGAAUUAAUUUCCCAUUGAUUUUAAUUGGAAAUUAAUAUGUGGCAUGUGCCUAGAUUGGAUUAUAGCUUGAGUCAUGGAACAGAGGAAAGACAUGUCAUAUUUGAUGGCUUAUAAUAUCCGCAUUAAGAAAAAAAAAAAGAAAAGAAAAAGAAAAAAAAAAUGGUCUCAAAAUGAGCCUGUCAUAUAAAGCCAAGGUUGAGCUUUGAGGCAGUGAUUAGUGUUGAGUCUAUGGCAACUGUGGGUUCUUAAAUCAAACCUCAAACAUUUUUGCACUUGUUAGACAAAGUGAUGAUUGCUUAUAGACAACAAAAAACAUUUUCUUGUUUUUAUUUACUUAUUUAUUUUUUUUACAAGGUGACAAUGUGUAACAAGUUGCACUUAUUGAUAUUUCACAUACAAUGACACCAGUCAGCAAGAAAUAACCUACGUGAUGAUGCUUACAUUGCAUGUACCUAAACAGAUUUGUUUUUGGUUACACAUCUGGUGAUAUUCAUAAGAUUCACUACAUUCCUUAGUAUGAUGCCAUUAUGCCUUGAAGUAUUUCCAUUUUCACACAUCCUUAUAUAUCCUUAUAUAUGUGCUGAAAUAUUACAACUAGAAUUUUGUGUAGAAUGAUAACUAAUUAUUAAAUGUAAUAUUCUCUCUCUCUCUCUCUC